AUGGCCAAAGAUAACGCAAGAGUCCAAACAUUGACCGACUUCAUCCCUCAACAUGACAAACUUUGGUUCAAGGUGCCUCAUCUUUUGAGACUGAACUUGCUUCUUCUCAUCCCUUUGAUUUCCUCUUCCGUGUGUGGUUUUGAUGGCUCCCUCAUGAAUGGGUUACAAUCUGUGGAUGCCUGGAAAAGUUACUUUGGCAACCCCCAAGGACAAGUUCUUGGAGCAGUGAACGCUGGUCUGUCUUGUGGUAGCAUCGUCGGUCUGCCACUAGCUGGCUUCGCCGCUGAUAAAUGGGGUAGAAAGAUCACGCUUGCUUUAGGAGCCAUCGUGGUCAUCGUUGCCUCGGCCAUUCAAGCCGGCUCAGUUGACUUGGGAAUGUUCAUCUUCGCUCGUGUGUUGACUGGCAUUGGUAGUGUCUUGACUGUUCAGCCAGCUCCUCUUCUCCUGAGUGAAGUUUGCUAUCCCACACAUCGAGGAAAGUAUACUGCAUUAUACUGGACUAUGUUCUAUCUAGGGUCAAUCAUUGCGGCUUGGACUUGCUAUGGUACCCAGAAGCAUAUGGCUGGGUCAGAGUGGUCAUGGAGGAUUCCAUCAAUCGUCCAAGCAGCGUGCCCUAUAAUCCAACUUACCUUUAUUUACUGGGUUCCAGAAUCCCCCAGAUGGCUCAUUGCCAAUGGACGCCACGCCGAAGCUACCGAAAUCCUCGAAAAAUACCACGCCGGUGGCGAGAAGGACCACCCCCUUGUUAAAAUGGAGAUCGUGGAGAUCUCCGGAAACCUGCAAAAUGAAAGUAAGGCCAAAGGUAGCUGGUCAACCCUUAUUGCUACUCCAGCGAACCGAAAGCGCAUAUUUAUCACCAUUAUGCUUGGGUUCUACUCCCAGUGGACUGGCUCGAGCGUCGUAUCCUACUACCUGACCCUCGUUUUGGAUACUAUCGGCAUCACCAACCCGGAAACCCAGACCUUGAUCAAUGGUAUCCUCCAGAUUUUCAACCUUGCUUGUGCGUUAGUUGCAUCAUUCCUGGUCGACAGGCUCGGCCGAAGAGUUCUUUGGAACUGGUCUGGGAUCGGCAUGUGCCUAUCCUUUGUAAUUUGGACUAUCUGCUCCGCACUUUUCGACAAGACCUCCAGCAGCUCGCUCGGUACUGCUGUACUUGCCUUCAUCUUCAUCUUUUACUUCCACUACGACAUUGCGUACACCCCAUUGGUAAUUGCUUACCCCACGGAAAUCUUGCCUUACAAUAUGCGGUCCAGAGGUAUCAGUGUCGAGCUUUUAGCGAUCUAUGGAUCCCAGCUUGCAUUGUCGUUCAUCAAUCCAGUCGCGCUGGAUAGCAUCGGCUGGCGAUAUUACAUCGUAUUCGCGUGUGUCUCUGCUUUUUCAGUCAUUACCAACUGGGUUUUGCUACCAGAGACUAAGGGAUACUCCCUGGAAGAGAUUUCACAGUUGUUUGACGAUGAGCCAAUCGGGGAUGAGGAAACAGAGGCCAAGGGCAAAAUUCCUGAGAAGGAGAUUACUCAUAUCGAUGAUAUUGGCUCACUGGAUUAA